UCGAGAGCUAAGAGACCACGCGAUCGUGCCGGGCGGGAUCGAUUGGGAUGCGCCCGACGGCUCCGCUCCGCUCCGGCCUUCCGUGCGCGAGUUAGUUUGUACCCGUCUGUCGCUGGCCGUAACUCGCUCAUGUACACCGCGCGAUGAGCUCGUGAAGCGGCGACUCGGCGAUGUGGCGUCGCGCGCGGUAGAGAUCGAGUGCCCGGUCGAGAACGCGAAGAGGAACGUGCGAGGGAACAACUCGCCUGUCACACACACACCACGCACACACACAACAUCCGUCGCCGUGAUCCUCGCCGGAGCGAGCGUGACGCGAGCGAACGCGCGAGGGAGAGAGGCAUGCCGCAGUUUCACAAGAUCGAGAUCAACAGGACGGAAUGGGAGGUACCGGAGCGAUACCAGUUGCUCACUCCCGUCGGCUCGGGCGCCUACGGCCAAGUCUGUUCAGCGGUGGAUACAACCACUGGGCAAAAGGUGGCGAUCAAAAAGUUAGCCAGGCCAUUUCAGUCAGCUGUGCACGCAAAACGCACCUACCGGGAGCUGCGUAUGUUAAAACAUAUGAAUCAUGAAAAUGUAAUAGGACUGUUAGAUGUAUUUCAUCCGUCUUCGUCUUUGGAGGAUUUUCAACAUGUAUACCUAGUCACACAUCUAAUGGGCGCCGACCUGAAUAACAUCGUCAGAACGCAAAAACUUUCUGACGAUCACGUGCAAUUUCUCGUUUACCAGAUCCUCCGUGGUUUAAAAUACAUCCAUUCUGCAGGAAUUAUACAUAGGGACUUGAAGCCGUCUAAUAUAGCGGUUAAUGAGGAUUGUGAACUGAAAAUACUGGACUUUGGCUUGGCCAGGCCGACCGAGAACGAGAUGACCGGCUACGUCGCCACCAGAUGGUAUAGAGCGCCUGAAAUCAUGCUUAAUUGGAUGCAUUACAAUCAAACAGUUGACAUUUGGUCAGUGGGGUGCAUUAUGGCGGAAUUAUUAACUGGAAGAACACUAUUUCCUGGAACAGAUCACAUUGAUCAUCUAACACGAGUGUUAGUACUCUGUGGUACACCCACAGAAGAAACAUUAAGCAAAAUUACUAGCCAAGAGGCCAGGAAUUAUAUUCAGAGUUUACCGCCGUUAAAGAAAAAGAAUUUUAAAGAUGUAUUUCGUGGAGCUAAUCCUUUAGCUAUUGAUUUGCUGGAACUGAUGUUGGAAUUGGAUGCAGAAAAGAGGAUCACAGCGGAACAGGCUUUAGCACAUCCGUACCUUGCACAAUAUGCAGAUCCAACAGACGAGCCCGUUUCUCUACCAUACGACCAGAGUUUCGAGGAUAUGGAUCUUCCAGUAGAGAAAUGGAAAGAACUUGUGUACCAUGAGGUCGUAAACUUCGUCCCACAGCAGCUACCUACAUUGUCUUCGACAAUUGAAACGACUUCUUAAGUGCUUCUUAAGAAUAGUUAUUAACGCGCGCGUAAUAUAUAUUUAAGCACAGUAAGAUACAAUAAUAUAGAUUAACAGAGAAUCAUGAGUGAAAGAUAUAUACAUAUAUAAUUGUUAUACACAAAAAAAUUGAAAAAAAAAUACUGUAUAUAAUUUAUAAAUAACGUAGUAUACGUAGCAUAGUUGAUUAGUCGAGCUAAUCUGUCCAGAAGAUAGGAUAUAUAUUUUUGUCGAAAAGAAAACUAAACCCUGCUAUUUAACUAUUGCGUAAUUCGGUUAUCAAUUGAUUAUCAGUAAUGUCUAUUACACAAUAAUUCUGUUGUGUAUAAAUUUUUUAUAGUUCUUUUAUCAAAUAUCAUUUCUUUUAGUCCGUGAAAGAAAUUAUCAUGCAAUUAAUUGUUUUUAUAAAAUAAUCGAUUAUUAUCAUAUAUAAAUUAUGAUGAACCUUGCCAUAUAAUACAAUCAAAGUAAGUAGUAUCAGAUAUAUUAGAUGUAGUUUUAAACACCUAAUAAUAAUAUUGCAAUUGUAGUACUUAUUAUUUUUUAAUCGUGCUACUAAAUCAAAAAAAUGCAAUAUAUUUCUAUAAACUAUAAAUCCGCCCGCGUUUGUGCAAACUUAACAAGGUGACCAAUAUUCGCUGAAAUUAAGAAAAAUGCAAAAUUCCUACUGCAAUAGGAAAAACAUAAAUUGUAGCAAUAAAGUGGAAUUGAAUAUAGCAUUUUAUUGUAAAUUAGGAAAUGCAUACUUGAUGAACAGCAAAGAAUUGCCAUGUAAACAUAAUUGAUUAUAAAAUUUACAAAAAAAUAAAUGUACAAUUUAUAUUUA